ACAGAGCGGGACUACUAGUGUCGUGCAAAGUUCGCUCUCUUGGCAAAGUGAGCUUAUAGCUUUCUGGGAGAUGAGCCAAACUAACCAAGGGUUAUUUGGUAGCACGGUUUGGCCACAGGGGGAGAGCAGAAAGGAGGCAGGCGACGGUGGCAGUGCUCCCAGCAUGUCGCAGAAAAGUGAGGAAAGUCGGCUCUACUUGGUGAAGAGCUCGUUUGGAAGCGGGGCUGCCAGGCGCAGAGAACCGGACAAUGCGGGCGCAAACGUCUACGGAUCCGGACGCAUUCGUUCACAAAGCUGUGCCAUGGGGAAUCACUCCCGUCAGAUAGCUGCUGCGCCUCAGGAGUUGAUGAACAACGGCUGCCGAGUGGAUGACUCUUCUUCUUCCUGCGCCACAAUCUCAGAAACAACCAGGGAGCUGUGCAAGGCUGUCUCCGUGUCCCUGGGGCUCACCGGCGACUCCACUGACACCAGCGACAUGGACCCUGCUCUGCCCCCGUGUGCUGACCACAUCCGCGGAGAGAGUUUAUACGGAGCCGGAGCUGUGGCUCUGAGCUGCUCCGGAGCACAGGCUGCUGCUGCAGGCUACAGGUGCCCAGACCGGGACGAGCGGCCCCUGCCUGGCCCGAAGCAACUGGUGGAAGUGUUUAAAAGUUUAGAGAGCGCUGCACCCCUGCACCACUACACUGCAGCUCGGACAUGUGGGGACGAGCCAGACUUUAGCCUGUGUGAGCCUGAUGACAGGACCCCAGCGCGCACACACUCUUGCCCUUACUCCGCGUCCGCGCCCGGCAGCCUGGCGCACUUCAGCCACACGGGACCGGAAAGGCCGUGCCGGGGCUACAAACCGCCGGACGAGGCGCGGGACGCCAUGGAGAGCAAGUUCCGAGGUUACCAGCCUGAACAGUACAGCGUCAAAGUAAAAUGUGAGGAAGAGGAGAACACCAGGGCCCCAUGGCCCGGAGAAUACACCUUCAACGACACGUACAACUCUCAGCUGUGGGGCUCCAGGCACUGCGUAAAAGCGCGCGGCACUGGCGCAACCGGCGCGUUCAUAUGUAAUCCAUACGAGCGCAGCGUCACGCGCUCUGAGCAGUGGUACCCGGCCGGGAUGCUGAGGCCCAGCUACCCCAACCCCAGCUACGUGAAGGCUGAGGUGGACGAAUGGAUGGACGUCAACUACAACGACACGAGUGAAACUUUGUGUUGUAGAAACAGUCCUGUGAACUUCCAGCCUAUAGAAAAGUGCCCCAUGCAGCUGGAGCAGUUUGAGGCUGGCAGAGAGCACAUGUUCCCCAUGGAGUUCUUCUUUCCACCACAGAGGACGUGCCUGAUCUGUUCAGACGAGGCGUCUGGCUGCCAUUACGGGGCACUCACCUGUGGCAGCUGCAAGGUUUUCUUCAAAAGAGCUGCAGAAGUAGGCAAACAGAAAUACUUGUGUGCAAGCAAAAAUGACUGUACCAUCGAUAAGCUAAGAAGAAAGAACUGUCCUUCUUGUCGGCUGAAGAAGUGUUUUGAGGCUGGAAUGACACUUGGAGCACGUAAACUAAAGAAGAUCGGACAGCAGAAGAACCCUGAAGAGGAUCAUCCUGUGCAGGACUCUACCGAGGUCAUCCAGAAUAUCUCUCCUAAGUCGGGCCUGAACUUGAACUCCCAGCUGGUCUUCCUCAACAUCCUGGAGUCCAUCGAGCCUGAGGUGGUGAACGCGGGACACGACUACGGCCAACCUGACUCAGCUGCCACCUUGCUCACCAGCCUCAACGAGCUGGGAGAGAGGCAACUGGUCAAAGUGGUCAAAUGGGCAAAAGGAUUGCCAGGUUUUAGAAAUCUCCACGUGGAUGACCAAAUGACUGUCAUUCAACACUCAUGGAUGGGGGUGAUGGUGUUUGCCCUGGGAUGGAGGUCCUAUAAGAACGUCAAUGGCAGGAUGCUUUACUUCGCCCCAGAUUUGGUGUUCAACGAAAAUCGGAUGCACGUCUCCACCAUGUACGAGCACUGCAUUCGGAUGAGGCAUCUCUCCCAGGAGUUCGUGCUGCUGCAGAUCACUCAGGAGGAGUUCCUGUGCAUGAAGGCCCUGCUCCUCUUCAGCAUUCUUCCAGUCGAGGGUCUGAAGAGUCAGAAGUACUUUGACGAGCUGCGUCUCACCUACAUCAACGAACUCGACCGGCUCAUCAGCUGUCGAAUGACGAACAAUUGUUCUCAGAGGUUCUACCAGCUCACCCGACUGCUGGACUCUCUCCAGAUGACGGUAAAGAAGCUCCACCAGUUUACGUUUGACCUUUUCGUUCAGGCUCAGUCACUCCCCAGCCAGGUCAGCUUUCCAGAGAUGAUUGGAGAAAUAAUAUCAGUUCAUGUACCACGGAUCCUGGCAGGUUUGGCUAAGCCCAUCUUGUUUCACCAGUAGACAGAUUUCUUUAGAAAAAAAAAUGAUUACUCUGCCCUGCUGCCUCCAUUAACUUCAACCAAUGCUUUGCACUGUUUCCCCUCCAUGUCCAACAUAAUAGUGCCAAGCUCUGUCCCAUAAUCAUCUGUUUUAUUGCUCAAGCUUUUUUUUUUUUUUCCUUUUAGCUAUAAUUGAGAUUGUUUGCUCUGAACUGAUAAAGCUUUUAUCUGCAGAGCUGCGAGGCAUCAGCCUGUUGACAGCUCUGCUCUUUCUGAGUGGAGGGUUUGUUUUAUUCUGCUCGGCCAGAGAUGCUACUUUACAUAUGCAGCAAGUCUGUAAAUCAUAAACGUAGCAGGGUUAAAAACAUCAGGUUUUGCAUGUGACCUUCAUUAUAACAACACUUGAGGAGGUACACAUAAAUAUUAAAAAACAAGCAAAUGAAAGAUGGCCCACAGAGCCGGAGAGAAAUGGAUCACCGUAAUAAAUUGACACUCUGUUUUUAUAAAUGCUGCCUUCAGGUGCUGUGAGUGAAAUAGAAAGUGAUAAAUACAACUUGUAAGGAAUGUAAGAGGCAAAAAUUUGAAAUGUACAGGUUUAAGGUUUUUCAGAAAAUUCAACUUGAAGAUUUUUUUAAAUUAAACUCCCUAAUACAUGCACAAGAUCCUGAAAUCCCAGUGUGGCAAUAAAAGGUGUUCAUAAACUGUGCUUAAUAAAUCAGCACUGAAAAAAACUAAUUUGAUUUUGUUACACUACUUAAAGUAGAGUAAAUGUAAAACAUUGAUGUUUCAAAUCCAAUAGUAAAUUGGGAUAUUAAAUCACAAUUGGUUACAAUUGGUUCUCAAUGAGGCGCAGGAAAUGAUCACUCAGUUGUAUUUACCACUUACUAGGUUUGGCACUACAGUGUUUCUGAAGGCAGGGGCAGCUUUUAUUUAUUUAUAUUUUUUAAGUUUGACCUGUUGUGAAUAUGAGUAUUUAUAUCUGCCAGAUUGUGCUCAUUCAUUGGUUAAAAAUUAGUAUUUAAUAAAUCACAAUUACAAUAAAGUCAAAGACUACUUUACCUUUUCUUUAAGAAAAAUUGUGGACAAGAUGACAGGUCAUAUCAGAUUGUAGAGCAGGUGGCAGCCAAACAAGCAAAAUUCGACAUUAUACAUUUGAAAGAUUAAAGUAAAAUAUCGUUCAUAUUUUCUUAUAAGAUAGAGCAAAGUGUGGAAUUUGAACCAAGCCACAAAAGAAACAGUUAAACUAAAUUGAAUACACAAUCUAAGUCCUGUACGUAUGGCAGAAUUGACAGGAAACACACACUUCACUCACACAUGUCUUCACACAGUCAGUCUCUCUGAGCCAGAACAAUAUGGACAUCUUGAAAAGACACUUCAGGUUGACAGUCAUUCUGCAUUUCAAACCUUUUUCCCGUGCAGUUGAAAUGUUUUCUCCUGGAUCGGCCCAAUGAAUCCAGAUCUGCAUCAAACUGUAAUGGGCUCCUCAUUGACACAUAUCACAUCCUUCUACCAAUUUUUUGGGAAAUCCGUCCAGUAAUGUUUGCAUAGUCUUGCUACGCAAACAUUAUCAAACAAAUGUUAUCAAACAAAUGAACCAACACACAAACAGACAGGGGAGAAAGAAGGUAAAAUUAGGUAAGAUGGGUCAAAUCUGACAGUUUGUUAUGAAGUUUUGAUAUUAUAUUUCUCAACACAGCUUCAAAGUUCAUUCAUACAUGAAAAUUAGAUGACAUUUGAAUCAAAGGGCAACAUGAAUUAUUUUUUGUCUGGUGAUAAUAAACAACAUUUCUGGAACUCCCACAGAAAAACAGCUGCAGGACAAACUAAUGAUUUGGAGUAGUGGCUUUAGAACAUAUUGUGAAAUGGUGAAUGAGAUGAAUGUGGCGCUCUGAGUCUUAACAACCAUUCAAACCGUUUACACUACGAGUCACAUUCUCCUAUUUCAUCUAUCCAUAAGGUGAUUCUAUUUACGUGGCACAGCCGCCAGAUUGACCCCCCAUCAGAUUAUUGUUACAUUUACCAUAAACUACGUUAAAGAAAAGAAUGGAAGCCCUUCAGUCACUUACCAUUGUUCCUCCCAGACAACACAGUGUUGACAGCAUCAUGCAGAGAACUCAGAUCAUUGCAAUGAUGUUCCAACCGAACAACAGAUAUAAACUCACAGCCAUCUUAAAAGUGGAAGGCCCUGAGCUGUCGAAUAUGGAAAUCCAUGACUGCGGUUGCAUAAAGCUCACCGAUACCAUCCAAGAAAAGAAACCCCAGUGGAAUGCUUUGAAGAUAACCAAACACAGACACUGGAGAGCAGCUGAUGAGAAGUGUCGCCAUCGAUCCAGUUGAACCAAUUCAUCAGGUUUUUGCCUGAAUCCAGCUGGUGAAACACUGUGUAUAUAUGUCCCAACACUCGUUGUGCAGUGAGUGUAACUAAGGACUUAAUCAUUUCAGUAAAAGAGUCUGAAUCCAGCUGCUGCGUGUUUAUGACAAUCCAACACAAACAAAAUCGACCGAAAAACUUCUGUGGCUUCUUCGGCCUUUUCAACAAUUUUCAACAAGGUUUUAUUAUUGAGUAAAUCCAACCAUUUUUUUUUAAAGACAGUUUAUUUUACACGCCUGUAGAUGCAUGCACCAAGUGUAUAGUCUGUGUAACGUCUAGCUUUACAAAAAGCACUGCUCAGACAUGUGUGCGUGUGUUCCUUUGGUUACCUUUGUGUUCUAUACUAUCUGACAGCUGUCCCCUGCAUUGAACCACGGCGACACUAUCGGGAGGCAUGAAAAAUGUGUUGUACAGUGCACAGUGAUAAGCGGACAGUGUUCAUCCAUUAACGUAAGUGAAGCUUGUACCUAACUUCAUCCGCACAGGUCCUCAUGUCUUUUUCUUGUCUUUUUUAUAUGAAAUUUGCUAUGUGAAAAGGACGGGGUGGGGGGAGGAGAGGCGAUCUAGUCGCUACGGACAAGUAUAGUUCAUGCAUGAGUCUUGACCCCAAUGCACCUACUAAUUAUAGCCCUGAAACUUGAUAAAGACGUGUCUCCUGUCAGUUGUGACGCUGUAGACAGGAACCCCAGAUAAAAUAUUAUUCUUGUGCAAAAGCAGUAAUAUGAUUUGGAGAAUUUGUGUUUUGAAUAAGCGGAAAAAUGCUUAAAAAAGUUAUAAUCAAAUGAUAAAAUCCAGAAACCGAUAUUCAAGUCUUUCUACAUUUCCUGAAUGCACUAUGUUGUACGACUGUUCUUAACAGUUACACUUUGUUUCUCUUUAAUCUUUAUAACACUGUUCUAAAUAAUGCAGUAGUCUGUUUCUAUUAAUCCUGUGUAGCUUUAUUGUGCAUUAGACAGGGCGGAAUCUGAAGGCGUUACAAGUGCCAGUGCAUCUCAAUGAGCCAUACACUGUCGAUGCCCCUGUUUUUUUUUUCCAAUACUGAAACGACUGAAUCACAGUAGGCUGUGUUCUGUUGGACGUCAUUGGACAGGAGCUGGUAUUUGCCCGAUGUACUGCAUAUGAAGCUCGUUCUUUGUACAUGAAACAGUAACUGUAUAUAUUGAUUUGUUUAUUGUCCGUUUUGGUGUCUGGACACUUGACUUUUACAGUCAUCUCUUGUAUGAUUUAUACCUUUUGUGACUUGCUGUGUGUUUUUUUCGAAUUUGUGUAUUUUUCAAAAAGAUGUAAAGCUGCAUAAUCUUUUGAAGGCAAUUAAAAAAAUACUUCUGACUCUAAAAA